AUAUAAUUUUAGGUGUGCACACUUUAGAUAAGUUAGAUAAUCAACAUAAGUUACAAAUUACAAACAAAAUAAAUACAAUGAAAGAAACAUCUUACCAACACGGAGACAACAACAUUACACUAAGGACAAUAUGGAGAAACACUGUUUGAUGCUCACUAGGAUCUUAUUUACUCUGGGGCUUGUAGUUCAGAGAACAAUCGGAGUUCCUCCAACUGUGACACAAGCUGAUUUUGCCGUGACAUGUGGAACUGAGAGCGCGGGAAACACGUACGGACCGAUAGAUGUCACCCUUACUGUCCCGGAUGCAGCCACCGUCGAGGAUUACACAGUUUAUAUUUUCUCUGACAAUGCUGCACCGCCAUCUUGUGAGUUCAACAGAGACUCGACAGCGACCUCAGUACUUAACCCUUCAACACCCACGUUUACUAAUUCGUUCUCGUACAAUUGGAUCGCAGAAGCUCUCUCAAGCCCAUAUCCUAGUGAAGGCGUUUGUGAUGUAGCGGCAGUAAAUUCCUCACACGUUAUAAUGAAAGUGAUGGUGGUCGAAGGCAUAUUAUUCACAGCGGAAGAUAAAGUUUUUAACAUUAUAUGUGAAUACCAGCCUGCAUCCAUAGGUACUGGGACAGUAAACGUUAACAAUGACCCUUUAGACUCCACUGACAACGUCGGGGCAACAGGUACGCCCAAUGUUCUCGAUCGGAACUACGUACUAAGUAUGCACAUUGAUGCAACUGACGACCCUGUCGCAUCUACAGUUACCAUAGGAACAGACGUGUACCUUAGAGUUUCGAUGUCUGGGGUAGAUUCUGGAGCGGGGGCAGAUGGAGAUGAAAAUGCGGUCCGUGUAGAUUCUUGUAUCGCCACCGAUGAUGCCAUUACAAAUACUGUAAAUCUUAUAACUAAUAGAUGUCGUGACGUAACUACUGAAAUCAUCUGGCAGGACCCCUACAAUGCUCUCGACAGACUGGGAUUCUUCACGGAUAAUACGGGAGCACUAUCGGUGUCGCCUGCGUUUGAAAUGUUUGCUAUUACGGGUGGAAACACCAAGAAUAUUGUAUCCUUCAGUUGCAAUGUGGAAGUUUGUCGAAUACUAGCUGAUUGCCAAGGCGAUAACUGUCCGAGUAAAAGGCGUAAACGUGACUUUUUACGUCUGGCAGGCGUCGAUAGAUACAGACGUAGUAGUAGUGCAACGGCUGGUCACGUGAUGCUAUCUACGUCAGUAAGAAUACAAGAUGAUGCUGAAAUAGUGAAAACUACCAGUGACCCUAAUCAGUCAGGGACAUCUGUUGCAAGCGUUUCAACCCAUUCGAUGUUGGCGAUGAUAUUAGGAAUGAUCACAGGACUAUAUAGUCAAGUAUGACCUUGGCCCACUGGUCUCCGAACGUAAUAAACAAUCUGGAAUAAGAAUAGACCAGGCGUUGAUGUUAGCAGCUGACAUGGAUAGAAUAAUUGAUACACGGGUAAAACUGAAAAUCGAAGCACAAAUAUUUUGUACAAUAACCAUAGUGUGGCAAAAUCAAAAUCAACAAUUUUGAUUUAAGUAAAUUGACAAAUAAUUUGAAGACAAAAAUCCAGUGUAACAGAAUUCUAAGAUAUGGAACACAUUUUAGUAAUGUAAUGAAUUCGAAGUCCAGAGGUAGUUAGAAAAUACCUCCUAAACUUUGCCGGACCCAUUGACAUUAGCCUAGCCUUGCUUAGUUUUUGCCCUGGCUAUGGUUUAAUAAAAAAUGAACAUAUUCUGAAUUUAACAAUGUUAUGAAUAUACCUAAAUGUCACUUAUGUGGUUUGAUAAAAAUAAAAUAAGUACAAA